AUUCAACAUCACAGCUGCCUCCAACCUCGACUCCGCCGCGGUUCAACCAUAUCCGUCCCGAUACCUCUUCUCACUCCCUUGCUGCUUUCCACUCUGCCCCAACUUUCGUCACUUUGGAAAAACCACAAUCAAGUAUACCAAACCCUCUCCAUUAUAUCCAAAGCAACUUCCAUUGUCACAUCGGCACAGGUACUGGUGGAAAUCAUGUCGGAGAAAUACGCAAGCUCUGAUCUUGAUCUCAGCGGAGACGAGCUCCACCCCCGAGAUGCAAAUGAGGACAAUGUUCCUAGUUCCUCCCCUGAGGACAUGCCUAGGUCAGGACGCAGCCGUGGGAAUACGGUGCCUUCCUUUGGCAAUCAGACUAGUUGGCUUCCCUACCGUGUCUGCGGCAAGCCACGCCCCGGACAUGGAUUCCCUGCGAGCUUCAUGGCGUCACGUAGCAGCCCCAAAUCGCGUCGGUCGACUCUAAGCGACCAACCCGAGUUGGAUAAGCACCUGCGCGAGUCAAUGGUAACCUAUGAUGGAUUACUCUAUCUCCCCAUGUCUUCAACUACACUUCACCAUCUCUCGCCUUUUUGGAAAGGCCUUAAGCCAAUUGCUAAACUCGAUGAAAUCUUCGAGCGCGUUCUGAUCAACAAGGACAUCAACAAGGUCCACGCCGAUCACGUCGUUGCUGCUCUGGAACGCGUCGGCAUGCACUGCAAGCAUCUUGUCGUUCUCUCCCCAAUCCACACUGCAGAACUGGGUGAAGUCUUCAACCGUGAGAUCGACAACCUCGACGACCCUAGCAGCGAUUGGAGCAAAAUCUUCAAAUGCUUCCCCAACCUCGAGUCCGUGACCUUCAAGCAUCCGGAUGACGAGCCCUUGGAUCUCGUCGAGGAUACGCUGAAGAGCUUCCAGCGCGCCAUCAUCACUGCUGGAUAUCCUUCUACCUUCAAGAUCCACAUCUCUGCUCCGCCGGAGGUCUUGAAGCGUUUCAGAUAG